AAAGUUUGCUAGGCCCCUACCGAGGGCCGAGCCGGCUCCGGGCCCGCCUCCCCGCGGGAUUGGAGGCCCGCCGCCCCGCCCGGCCUCGCGAGGCCCAAGGGAGCCUUCCCUCGUCCUGGGUGCCGGGAGUCGCGGCGAGACCCCGCACUUCCGCGUCCCGCCUGCCCCGCCCGCGCGGCGCCCCACGCCUGGAAGGAGCUGCCGUCGGAGUGAGACGCCGGGCCCGGGAGGGUUCCCUGCUUCCGCGCCUCACCCCUUCUGUCAACAGAAGUGAUGCCACCAAGAAGAAAAGAAAAAUACAAGCUUCCUAUUCCACUUCCAGAAGGCACAGUCCUGGAUGACAUGGAAGGAAAACAAUGGGUGCUGGGCAAGCUGAUUGGCUCUGGAGGAUUUGGCUUGAUAUAUUUAGCUUUCCCCACAAAUAAACCAGAUAAAGAUGCAAGACAUGUAAUAAAAGUUGAAUAUCAAGAAAAUGGCCCAUUAUUUUCAGAACUUAAAUUUUAUCAAAGAGCAGCAAAAAAAGAAUGUAUCAAAAAAUGGAUAGAACUCAAAAAGCUUGAUUAUUUGGGAAUUCCUCAGUUUUAUGGAUCUGGCAUUACUGAAUUCAAGGGAAAAAGUUACAGAUUUAUGGUAAUGGAAAGACUGGGAAUAGAUUUGCAGAAGAUCUCAGACCAGAAUGGUACUUUUAAAAAGUCAACUGUCUUGCAGCUAGGUAUCCGAAUGUUGGAUGUACUGGAAUAUAUACAUGAAAAUGAAUAUGUUCACGGUGAUAUAAAAGCAGCGAAUCUACUCUUGGGUUACAGAAAUCCAGAUCGGGUUUAUCUUGCAGAUUAUGGACUUUCCUACAGAUAUUGUCCCAAUGGGAACCACAAACAGUAUCAGGAAAAUCCAAAAAAAGGCCAUAAUGGGACAAUAGAGUUUACCAGCUUGGAUGCCCACAAGGGAGUAGCCCUGUCCAGACGAAGUGACCUUGAGAUCCUCGGCUACUGCCUGCUGCGGUGGUUAUGUGGGAGCCUGCCCUGGGAAUGGAGCCUGCAGGACCCUGUAGCUGUCCAGGCUGCGAAAACAAAUCUGUUGGAUGAGCUCCCUCAGUCGGUGCUUCAGUGGGCUCCUUCCGGAAGCAGCUGCCGUGAAAUAGCCCAGUAUUUGGUAUGUGCUCAUAAUUUAGCAUAUGAUGAAAAGCCAGACUAUCAAAUGCUCAGGAAGAUUCUGAACCCAAGUGGAAUACCUCUAGGACCACUGGAGUUUUGCACUAAAGGAGAGAGCUUAAAUAUGCGUGCUCCAAACAAUCAAAAGGUUGAUUCAGGAAAGGCUGCAACAAAACAAGUCUAUCAGGUGCAGAAUACAUUAAUAGGGAAAAAAGGCCACAGUGAGCGAAGUGCUGAGUCCCGUACACCAAGGAGAAAAGUGCAAGAGGAGAAGCUGACUGGAUUGUUUAGCAGUGAAACAGUGCAGGAAAGCACAAGAAGAAGACAAAAAUAUUGUGAGUCUCAAGAAUUUCAAAAUGAUGUAAAAAGUUCUCCACACAAAUCCAGCUGUAUACAAUUCCCAAAUUCAUGUUAUGAACCCCAUCAAGAUUUUACCAAUCCAGAUAUGUUCAACAAGUCAAGCUCCCCAUCUUGGUACACAAACACUUCUACAACUGGUAUGGAGGUCACAGAAUUAGACAGUUCUACAGGAUUUUGGUUUGCAGUGUCCCAGUUUACAUUUAGUGAAGAGAUAAAAGUGGAUAUAUAUUAUUACAGCUUCACCAUUAUUUUUCUUUUGAUAUUAGUAUGUCUUGCUUUAUAUUUUCUCUGAAGUUAUCAAAUAAAAUCGUUUUGAUAAUUUAA